UGAUUAUAAUAAUACUAAUUUAUCUGAAGCUUUGUCUAUUCUGGCUUCAAGACAAUUUUCUAGAAAUUUGAGUGAUUAUAAAAUAUCUAAUAAAGAUGCAAUAAAUUUUAUUUCUAUAUCAAGAUCAGUAGAAGAAGGA